AGCUGGAAGUGGAGAGAGAGGCGCGGUCUUAGACAACGCGUGAGAGUGUGGGAAGGAGGGAGGCAGGGGACCUGGAGGGGCCACCCGGGAGGGGCUGAAGGGAGGCGAGCUUCGUAUCCUGGCUGAGGCAGGCAAGUGAGACACAGAACUACGGCAGGCAGCGGGUGGAACGGCGCCCCUGGGAGCUGGAGGAGUUCACCCCCGUGGCCGGUAGGGCGCGCGGGGAGGGGCGAGUGUGUCGGUAGACGCUGCGCUCCGACCGACGAGUGAGCACAGCCCACCGGGUGGCGAGCGGCAGUCACCAGUCUCCCGCGGUUCGGGUGGCGCUCACUGCGCCCGCUCCAAGCGCGCAGAGGACCCGCCGCACAGCGCCCGGGCGCACCCGCAGCCCCUCACCGGACGCACCAGGAAUCGAUUCCCGUGAACGCUAGGCCUGCGGCACCCGGCUCCCACAGACCCUUCUCCAGCAGGUUGCUUUCAGCUAUGUAAUGUUUUUCGAUCCCAUGAAAUGGAAAUUGACCAGUGCUUGCUGGAGACCCUUCCCCUUGGCCAAAGGCAGCGGCUGGUGAAACGCAUGCGCUGUGAACAAAUUAAAGCCUACUAUGAAAGAGAGAAGGCUUUUCAGAAGCAGGAAGGAUUCCUGAAAAAACUGAAGCAUGGGAAGAAUCAGAAAGUUCGUUUUCACCUUGCUGACAUGAUACAGGAUGCAAUUAUCCAUCACGAUGACAAAGAAGCACUUCGACUCCUGAAGGAGGGAGCAGACCCCCACACUCCCGUUUCCUCAGGAGGGUCCUUGCUCCAUCUGUGUGCUCGGUAUGAUAAUGCCUUCAUUGCAGAGAUCCUGAUUGACAGAGGGGUCAAUGUCAACCACCAGGAUGAAGAUUUUUGGACACCAAUGCACAUUGCCUGUGCAUGUGACAACCCUGAUAUUGUCCUGCUCCUAGUGUUAGCUGGAGCUAACGUCCUUCUCCAGGAUGUUAAUGGAAAUAUCCCACUGGAUUAUGCUGUAGAAGGGACAGAAUCAAGCUCUAUCCUGUUGACCUAUCUGGAUGAAAAUGGAGUGGAUCUGACCUCACUGCGCCACAUGAAGCUUCAGAGACCAAUGAAUAUGUUAACAGACAUCAAACACUUCUUAUCAUGUGGAGGAAAUGUUAACGAGAAAAAUGAUGAAGGAGUAACACUGUUACAUAUGGCAUGUGCAAGUGGCUACAAGGAGGUUGUGUCACUUCUCCUGGAACACGGUGGAGACCUCAAUAUAGUAGAUAAUCAGUACUGGACCCCGCUCCACUUGGCAGCAAAGUAUGGCCAGGCAAACCUGGUGAAACUUCUUUUGAUGCAUCAGGCAAAUCCAAACCUUCUGAACUGCAAUGAAGAGAAGGCCUCAGAUAUCGCUGCCUCUGAGUUUAUUGAGGAAAUGCUGCUGAAAGCUGAAAUUGUCUGGGAAGAAAAAAUGAAAGAGCCUUUAACUGUGCCUACCUUAGCACAAGAGGAGCCAUAUGAAGAGAUUGUUCAUGAUCUUCCAGCACUUUCCAGUAAGCUGAGUCCCCUGGUGUUGCCAAUUGCCAAGCAAGACAGUUUGUUGGAAAAAGACAUUAUGUUCAAAGAUGCAACAAAAGGUCUAUGCAAGAGACAAGCUCAGGAGAGCACUCCUGAAAAUGCCACUGUGAAUGGCCCCACCCAACCCGAGCAGGUCAAACUAAUGCCUCCUGCUCCAAGUGAUGACCUAGCAACACUCAGUGAGCUCAAUGAUGGCAGCCUGCUUUAUGAAAUUCAGAAGCGCUUUGGGAACAAUCAGAUAUACACCUUUAUUGGGGACAUCCUCUUGCUUGUUAAUCCAUUCAAAGAGCUUCCAAUUUAUUCCACCAUGGUCUCCCAGCUUUACCUGAGCAACAUGGGGCAGCCAUGUUCCUCUCUGCCACCUCACAUAUUCUCCUGUGCAGAGAGGGCCUUCCACCAGCUUUUCCAGGAGCAGCGUCCCCAAUGCUUCAUUCUCAGUGGGGAAAGAGGAUCUGGAAAGUCUGAAGCCAGCAAACAAAUAAUGAGACACCUAACCUGUAGAUCUGGCACCAGCAAGCCUGUAUUUGAUUCCAAAUUUAAACAUGCCAUGUCCAUCUUAGAAGCCUUUGGACAUGCUAAGACAACUCUUAAUGAUCUGUCCAGUUGCUUCAUAAAGUAUUUUGAACUACAAUUCUGCGACAGGAAAAAACACUUAACUGGAGCCAGAAUUUAUACAUACAUGCUAGAGAAAUCCAGACUUGUUUCACAACCUCUUGGCCAGAGCAAUUUUCUCAUUUUCUACUUGUUGAUGGAUGGGUUAUCUGCUGAAGAAAGAUAUGGACUUCACCUUAAUAAUUUGUGUGCACACCGGUAUUUGAACCAGACCCUACGAGAUGAUGUAUCAAUAGCCGAGCAUUCUCUGAACAGGGAGAGAUUUGCUGUUUUGAAACAAGCCCUGAAUGUAGUUGGCUUCAGUAACUUGGAGGUGGAGAAUCUGUUUGUGAUUCUAGCAGCAAUAUUACACAUUGGAGACAUUCGGUUCACUGCUCUGACCGAGGCUGACUCUGCAUUUGUUUCUGACCUCCAGCUUCUGGAACAAGUGGCUGGGAUGUUACAAGUCUCAGCAGAUGAACUGUUGUCUGCUUUAACAACUGAUAUCCAAUAUGUUAAAGGAGAUAUGAUCACACGACGUCAUACUAUAGAGAUGGCUGAAUUUUACCGGGAUCUCCUGGCCAAGUCCUUGUACAGUCGUUUCUUUAGCUUUUUGGUGAAUACCGUGAAUUGUUGCCUCCAUAGUCAAGAUGAGCCCGGCAGCACCCAGACAUCAGAUAUUGGAAUACUGGACAUCUGUGGUUUUGAAGAAUUUCAAAAGAAUGAAUUUGAACAACUUUGUGUCAACAUGACCAAUGAGAAGAUGCACCAGUAUAUCAAUGAAGUGCUUUUUCUACAGGAGCAAACAGAAUGUGUACAAGAGGGAGUUACCAUGGAAACAGCUUAUUCUCCUGGUAACCAGACUGGAGUUUUGGAUUUUUUUUUCCAGAAGCCAUCUGGAUUUCUCUCUUUAUUGGAUGAAGAAAGUGAAAUGAUUUGGUCAGUGGAACCAAAUCUUCCCAAAAAGCUACAAAGUCUCCUAGAAUCCUCAAAUACAAAUGCAGUGUAUUCCCCCAUGAAAGAUGGGAAUGGAAAUGUCUCACUCAAAGAUCAAGGCACAGCAUUCACUAUUAUGCACUACGCAGGAAGGGUAAUGUAUGAAAUUGUUGGAGCAAUUGAAAAAAAUAAAGACUCCCUUUCACAGAAUCUUCUAUUCGUAAUGAAAACUAGUGAAAAUGUCGUGAUCAAUCAUUUGUUCCAGUCGAAACUGUCACCAACAGGAUCCCUUCUACCUUCCUAUCCUUCUUUUAAAUUCAGAGGACAUAAAUCUGCCCUGCUCAGUAAGAGAAUGACAGCGUCUUCAAUUAUCAAAGAAAACCGGAAUUACCUAGAACUUAGUAAGUUAUUAAAAAAGAAAGGAACUUCUACAUUUCUUCAAAGACUAGAACGAGGAGGUCCGGUAACCAUUGCAUCACAACUCAGGAAAUCUCUAACAGAUAUUAUUGGAAAACUUCAGAAGUGCUCUCCCCACUUUAUUCAUUGCAUCAAGCCCAAUAACUCCAAGCUGCCAGAUACUUUUGAUAAUUUUUAUGUGUCUGCCCAGCUACAAUAUAUUGGGGUCCUGGAGAUGGUGAAGAUCAUCAGAUACGGAUACCCUGCUCGCCUUUCCUUCUCAGAUUUUCUGUUAAGGUAUAAGCCAUUGGCGGAUACACUCCCUGGCGAGAAGAAGAAAUUGUCUGCUGAAGAGAAAUGUCGACUUGUUCUCCAGCAGUGUAAAUUACAAGGCUGGCAGAUGGGAACCCGAAAAGUGUUUCUAAAAUACUGGCAUGCCACCCAGCUCAACGAUUUGUGCCUACAGCUGCAGAGAAAGGUCAUCACCUGCCAAAAAGUUAUAAGGGGAUUUCUAGCACGUCAGCACUUGCUUCAGAAAAGAAGCAUCAGACAGCAAGAGGUCACAUCCAUCAACAGCUUUCUUCAGAUAACAGAGGACAUGGGGCUAAAGACCUAUGAUGCCCUGGUCAUUCAGAAUGCUUCGGACAUUGCCAGAGAAAAUGACCGGCUCCGGAACGAAAUGAAUGCUACUUACCAUAAAGAGAAGUUGGAGGCCAGGAGCAAGCAAGAGGAAGGAACCAAAAGAGCUGAAGACAAGGGUGGACCCAGGCAUUUCCACUGCAGCUCCAUCCCAGGCCCUGUGGCUAUAGACAGCCUGGUCCAGUCCCUGGCUUCCCCGUCUACCCGGUCUCCUUCUCUGCACUCCGUGUUCAGCCUGGAUGACAGUAGUGGCCUCCCAUCACCACGGAAACAGCCUCCGCCCAAGCCAAAGAGGGACCCCACCACGCGGCUGAGCGCCUCCUAUGAGGCUGUGAGCGCCUGCCUGUGGACCGCAGCCAAGGAAUCAUCGACUGAAGUUCUCACCCGGCCCAGACCGCACAGUGAUGACUACAGCACCAUGAAAAAGAUUCCUCCUCGGAAGCCAAAACGAAGCCCCAACACCAAACUCAGCGGCUCUUCUGAGGAGAUCUCCCGCGCUGGACCAGGGGCCGUGGGGCCCCCCGGCACGCAGCGCAGAGCAGCGGGCCUGCAGUGCACCCCAGGGGCUGUGCACGGGGUCCCUGCACACCCCAUGCACUCGGAGCCGGAGCCGGAGCCUGUCUACAUCGAGAUGGUGGGCCGCACAGGCAGCCCAGACCAGGCAGAGGCCGUAUACGAGGAGAUGAAGUACUUCGCUCCCCCGGAGGAUAGUGGCGGUCCGGGCGUGGGCGCCUGGGCGUCUGCAUCCACCCCUUGGAUGUGUGAGGGUCGGAGCCCCAUCAACUUGGAGGACAGCGACGCGAGUUGUUACACGCUCGGGCCCUGCAAAGACGCGUGUGACAUUCCAGCCCCCUUCCCCAACCUGCUCCCUCACCGACCCCCACUCCUGGUGUUCCCCCCAACCCCUAUCACCUGUUCCCCCGCGUCCGACGAAUCACCUUUGACGCCCCUGGAGGUGAAAAAGCUGCCAGUCCUGGAAACCAACCUCAAGUACCCUGUGCCGUCCGAAGGCUCGAGUCCUGUGUCUCCACAGUAUUCCAAAAGUCAAAAAGGGGACGGUGACAGGCCCGUGUCCCCCGGCCUGCCUGCGUUUAAUGACUCCCACAAAGCAUCUCCUCCUUCCUCACCACCGCCUGCUCCCGCGCCUCUGGCAGCUGCCCACCGGCCGAACACACACUUCACGUUCCCACCUGAGACCAGCGUGGUGAAUGCGGCAAAAGCAGCCACACACACUGAUCUGCCCAAAGUGCAGCAAAAGCCAAACUGUGCUCCAACCGCGGGUCCGUGCAGCUCUUUCUCCAAGAUUCCUUAUUCCCCAGGGAAGGCAGCAGCUAGAGGUGACCAUAGGAAGGCCAACUCCAACUCCUCCUCUCCAGUCCCCUACAGCCCCCCGAACUCCAGACCUCUCAGCAGCCCUCUGGACGAGCUCACUAGCCUGUUUAACUCUGGAAGGAGCAUGCUUCGGAAGUCUGCAGCGGGAAGAAAAAUCAGGGAACCUGAAGGUUUUGAAACAAACAUGAACCUAACUAGCCGAGAAGAUCCUGGAACAUCAGAAAUUGCAUCAGAGAUUCAAGAUAGAAAUGCAAAUAACCAUGGAAUUCAGUUAUCUAAUUCACUCUCUACUGCUAUCACUACUGAAAAUGGAAAUUCUGUCUCAAAUGGUUUACCUGAAGAAGAUGGAUUUUCCAGGUUGUCUGUGAGUGGGACAGCGACCUCAUCAUUUCAGAGACAUAGAGAAAGUCAUACCACUCAGGUAAUCCAUCAGCUGAAGCUCUCAGAGAAUGAAAGUGUGGCCCUGCAGGAACUUCUAGACUGGAGGCGGAAGCUCUGUGAGGAAAGAGAAGACUGGCAGCAAAUCCUGCAGCACUCAGAGCCCAGAGCACCUCCCCCACCUCCUUGCAAAAAGCCAACUCUUCUGAAGAAGCCUGAAGGGGCCUCCUGCAGCAGGCUGCCUUCUGAGUUCUGGGACACGACUAUUUGAUGUGGUCCGAAUUGCAGACUCACAGCAUAAAACUGCCUACAGAUUCCAGACUGCAGUGACAGAAGGCUGCCUCUGCUACAUGCUGGGUGCUUUCUCCACGCAUUUACACAGAAAAGCACAGGACAGAGAAGUUAAAUACACCAGAUUCCGUGUGUGUGUGUGUGUGUGUGUGUGUGUGUGUGUGUGUGUGUGUUUUCUUACCCGUUCUGUGGGGAUACACUCUGAUUGUCAGGCUUCGUGGUUAUAGGGCCAUGCUACCCCUUGGUAGUAAGAGAAAGGCCAUGAACAGUGUGGAUGAAGUGAGAGAGGGAAGAGUCGUGGAGGAGAGGAAGGAUCCAUGCACACUGUACACUUGUUUUUGUGUGUCCGACCACAUGUUUAUUGUACUCCGAUCGUUUUACUAUAAUACACUCUGCAGGACAUAUGUUUUAUUUCUUUGUAGGCGUUAUGUUUUAUUGGAAUUACAAACCUGAAAAUUAUUUACAUGUUUAUUACUGUAUUUUAUAACUUUAUGCAGUUGGUGGUGCUCCCUUUCUUCAAAAUACAGAUUUAAAAAAAAUCAUUUCUAGAUUUUUUUUUCUUUUACAUACCAUUUUUAAACCGAAAGUACCUAAAUAUUAUAGGACUAUGUUGUUGUUUUAGCUUCGCCCGUGUUAAGCCCUGCAAACAUAUGGACCAAGUCGCACGCUUUGUUUCAUUCAUUGAUUAGGAGGCAGUUCCUUCCUAUGCCCUGUAUUUCUGGAUAUGGGGGUUGUGAGCUCUAGUUAAAACUCAUCUGCCGACUUCACCAUAGGUUACAGGAAAUUUUGCAUCACUCCACAUGUAUGGCUUCCAAUUCAUGGCUGGUGGUAUGAAAGGGUCAUAUCCAUUCCAAGGUCUUCACAGUACAGAUAAGCACGCUGAGGUUUACUGGCUUGAGCAGUAAUACUACAUAAUAAGACAACUGUCCUCUCAGAGCGCCACUGCAUGGCUCACCUGCUGUAUACCCUCAACCCUCCUGUAAUGCAACUGCCUUGUUUAUUGAUGUUCUUCUGUUGGCUGCCAGGGAGUUCUGAGCAGUGGCAUCAGACUCUCCAUCAUGUCUUGCUACUCAGAACUUUUUAUUCAUACCAGCCUUUGAAAAGUUACUGUGCCAA